AUGGCUUCCAAACAAGAGAAUGUAAAUCAAAGCGGCGGAGGAAAGAUUAGGGAGGUGCAUUAUAGGGGAGUGAGGAAGAGACCAUGGGGGAGAUACGCGGCUGAGAUCCGUGACCCGGGAAACAAAAAUCGGGUCUGGCUCGGGACCUUUGACUCGGCCGAGGAAGCCGCCAGAGCUUAUGACUCCGCCGCAAUAGCGUUCCGAGGCUCCAAAGCAACUACCAACUUCCCUCUCGUCGGAGAUGGCGGAAAUGGUUCGGAAACGGUGGUCAAAGGCACCCUUACAGCGACAGCGCGUAAUGGGAGAUCUUCAUGCGCUUGUCGGGAUGAUUUUUCCAGCUUGGCGGCGGAGAAAAAGGUUACUAGAUUUUUCUUAGAUCUGCCGCAUGCUUCUGCGUUAGGAGAAGAGCUGGUUAGACCAGUCCGGUUCGAGCCUGCUGAAAUUGGGUUAAGUUUGGGUCUUCCAACCACCUUGGAAGUCGAGACGGAGGAUUACUCCGCUGUGGAUUGUGAGCUGCGAAGGGAACUGAAUCUAGAUCUUAGCCUAGCUCCAGCGGUGGACGUUUAG